AUGGAGCUGCGUAAAUACCUGUUGUGCCUGGAGUUCAUCCUCUUUCUUAAAGGGUUGUGUCAGUGUUUCAACAUAGAUGUAAAGCAUCCACGCAUCUUCACUGGUCCAGAGGAUGCUCUGUUUGGUUUCUCUGUUUUACAGCAUGAAGCAGAUGGAGAGAAAUCAAUGCUGGUUGGUGCUCCCUGGGACGGGCCACCCAAUAACAGGAAAGGAGAUGUGUACAAAUGUGUUGUGGGGGAGGAGAAGAACUCAAACUGCAUCAAAGUGAAUCUAGGUGAAUCUGCUCUCCAGAACGUAUCUAAAAACCUGAGGAAUUCUCACCUGGGAAUGACUCUCACGCCAGACUCACCUGAUGGCUUCCUGGCAUGUGCCCCUCUGUGGUCCCAAGAGUGUGGUACGUCUAUGUUCAGCACCGGCAUCUGUGCCUCCGUCAGUGAUGAUCUAGAACCAAGGGAGACCAUCGCUCCAACAGCACAAAGAUGCUCCACAUACAUGGAUAUCAUAAUCGUACUGGAUGGCUCCAACAGUAUCUACCCCUGGUAUGAGGUCCAGAACUUCCUCAGCAACAUCCUCAGCAAGUUCCACAUCAGCUCAGACCAGAUGCAGGUUGGUAUACUGCAGUAUGGCGAGGUAGCAGUCCACGAGUGGUCCCUGAAAGACUACCAGACCACACAGGAGGUGGUCGAGGCCGCCAAGAACAUCAGCCGGCAGGAGGGACGAGAGACGCGCACUGCAUAUGCCAUCCAAAUGGCCUGCACGGAGGCAUUCAGUGCUGAGCGUGGGGCGAGAGAGGGCGCCACCAAGGUGAUGAUCGUAGUGACAGAUGGAGAGUCACAUGAUGGGGAGGAGCUACCAGACGCUCUGGAGGAAUGCACGAGCAGAAACAUCACCAGAUACGCUAUUGCUGUUCUGGGUCAUUACAUCCGUCGGCAGCAGGACCCUGAGACGUUCAUUAAAGAGAUAAAGUAUAUUGCCAGUGACCCUGACGACAAAUACUUUUUCAAUGUGACCGAUGAAGCAGCGCUCAAUGACAUCGUGGAUGCCCUGGGAGACCGCAUCUUCACUCUCGAAGGCACGCUGGGCUACAACCAGAGCUCUUUCCACAUGGAGAUGUCUCAGAUUGGCUUCUCCACGCACACACUGGAUGAUGGCAUUCUGUUUGGCAUGGUGGGUGCCUAUGACUGGGAUGGUGGAGUGCUGAAGGAGGGGACCAACGGACGUAUCAUGCCACCCAGAGAGGCUUUCGAGAGCGAGUUCCCACUGGAGCUCAAAAAUCACGCUGCUUAUCUUGGUUACACAGUGUCAUCUGUGAUAGUUGGUGAUUGGAGGAGGCUGUAUGUCGCAGGGGCUCCUCGGUUCAAGCACAAAGGCAAAGUCAUUCUGUUUGAACUCAGUAAUGACGGCGAUGUCGACAUUGUACAGGCCCUCAAUGGGGAACAGAUUGGAUCCUAUUAUGGCAGCGAGGUGUGUGGGUUGGAUAUCGACCAGGAUGGCAUCACUGAUGUCCUUCUGGUUGCAGCUCCAAUGUACCUCGGCUCAGGAAACAAGGAGGCCGGUAGAGUCUACAUCUACACUCUCAGCGGGGAGGAGGUGUUUAUAUCUAACGGUACUCUGAAGUCAGAGGAAAAGUCUCAGGACGCCAGGUUUGGUUAUGCACUGGCAGCCGCUCCAGACCUCAACCACGAUGGCUUCACAGACCUGCUAGUAGGGGCCCCACUGGAGGACGAACACAGAGGGGCAAUCUAUGUCUACCACGGUGAUGGUAUUUACAUCAACCAUAAUUUCAAACAGCGUAUUCCAGGGUCAUUGAUUUCCCCCUCCCUGCAGUAUUUUGGCCGCAGUCUGAGUGCUCGGUUGGACUUGGAUGGAGAUGAGCUAAUAGACUUGGCGGUGGGAGCACAGGGCAGCGCUGUACUGCUCAGCUCUCGAAGCAUAGUCCAGAUCAAUGUGAGUCUGUCCUUCCAGCCACACUCCAUCAAUGUCAUUCAAAAGACCUGCCAGAGGGGAGGCAGAGACUCAGCGUGUCUCAAUGCCACUGCCUGCUUCACAGCCGUCUCCCGCUCCCCCGGACCACGCAGCAACAGCUUUGAACUGUGGGUGUCGGCCAUGCUGGAUGACAGGAAAUUGUCUGCACGGGCCCUGUUUGAUGACAGCUCCCACCGACAGACUCAGCUGGCAGUGCGAGUGCACACAGGACAGACUGUCUGUUACAAACUGCCCUUCCACGUCUAUGACACAGCAGAUUACAUCCGUCCAAUUAGCUUCUCACUGAGGUUUAAGAUCAACAACACAGAGAGUGGUCCGGUGUUGGAUGAGGGCUGGCCUACCACUGUCAAGAAAUAUAUCUCAUUCUUUAAAGACUGUGGUGAGGAUGACGUGUGCACAACAGACUUGGUGCUGCAGGCUCAUAUGGACAUCUCUGGCACAAGACAGAAGCCUUAUGUGAUUCGCAGCCCUCGUAGGCGUCUGGCAGUGGAGGUUGAGCUUGAGAACAGACUGGAAAACGCCUACAACACCAGCCUGACGCUGCACUAUUCACGCAACUUGCACUUCUCCACCCUCAGCAUCAGGGAGGAUGCCCAUUUUAAGAUUGAGUGUACAGCACUUGGCACCAACAGCCACUUGUGUAAUGUCAGCUAUCCAGUGUUUCGCUCCCAGUCAAAGGUGAACUUCAUGUUGGAGUUUGAGUUCAGCUGCACAUCUCUGCAUAAUCGAGUCCAGAUGAAGCUCAUUGCUGCCAGUGACAGUGUGGAGAGAGAGGAGACUUUAGGGGACAACAAUGUUCAGCUGCAGAGUUUUGUUCAGUAUGAACCAGACCUAUUUGUUAGCAGUGACUCUAAUUUGAACCGAUAUGAGGUUCACCCCACUCGGACAGUGUCAGAAGCAAUUGGACCAGAGUUCUACACUCACCUCAGGCUGCAGAAUCUCGGCUGUUACUCUGUGAGUAAUCUGGAGCUGAGGCUACUUCUGCCCUCUGUGGCUGCAGGAGACCGAGUCUUCAUGACUGUCACUGAUGUCUUUUCAUACAACGCUACAGGAGUGAACUGUAGCAUGCUGAGUGAUCUGGCCCAGCUGAAGGCCAGACAGAAAGAUGUGCGACCCCUCCACCCUGAAGACAUGAUGCAGAAUGACAUACUGAACUGUAGCAGGUCGUGGUGUAUAGAGGUUGUGUGUGAAGUCCAGCAACUUCUGAGAGGCCAGACUGCAAUCAUUCGUGUCAGCCGCAGAGUUCACGAUGAUUUUUUCAGAAAAGCCAAAUACAAGUCAGCGAGGAUAAUAGGUGUCCAUCACAUCGCAGCUCAGGAGACUAACCUCAUCACUCUGGGCACAGGAACAGUCUGGAGAGAGACUGUACUGGAAGUGCUGAAGGGCCGAGCAAUUCCCAUCUCACUGUGGAUUUUGAUUGGUAGCAUCAUUGGAGGUUUGCUGCUAUUGGCGCUUAUCAUCUUCAUACUAUGGAAGCUCGGGUUCUUCACACGCAAACAAAGAGGAGAGGAUGAGAACCAUGAGGACUGAGCCCAGCUUUU